CUGAACCUUAAGCUUCACUAUGGAGGGGCUUGAAGUUUCAUUUAGGCUUUUAGAAUGAAGCAACCACGUCCCCAGAGAAACUUCACUACCAUCUCAAAGGAACAAUGGAGGAUGCCGAGGAUGAUAUAGCUGUUAUUGGCAUUGGAUGCAAUUUCCCUGGAGGUGAGGGGUUGGAAAAUUUCUGGAGGGUUCUGUUGGAAGGGAAGAAUUGUGCCGUAGAUAUUCCAACAGAGAGAUUUGACACCACUUUUUGGUAUGAUGCUGAUGAUAGCAAACCUGGAAAAACACAGACGAACAAGGCAGCUCUUAUACAAGGGUUUAAUGAGUUUGAUCACAAGUUUUUUGGCAUUACUGAAGCAGAGGCUGAAUUCAUGGACCCUCAGCAGAAACUCCUUCUGCAGUGUACAUACAGGGCAUUGGAAGAUGCAGGAAUCGCUAUGGAAAGCAUCAGUGGCAGCAGAACGGGAGUUUACAUAGGUCUAAUGAACAGGGAUUACGAGAUACUCCGAAGUAACAGUCCUGCUACGAUAACCCACUACAACGGCACUGGGACGGCCAUGAGUGUGGCUGCCAAUAGAAUAUCCUUCACCUUCAAUCUCACUGGCCCUUCUUUUGCCAUAGACAGUGCCUGUUCUUCAUCUUUGGUGGCUCUACAUGUAGCCUGCCAGGCGAUAAAGCAAGGGGACUGUGAGAUGGCUUUGUGUGGAGGGGUCAGCUGUAUUAUAGAGCCAAGAGUGUUUGUAGCUCUCAGCAAGGCGAAGAUGAUCUCACCUGAGGGGACCAGCAAACCUUUCUCCAGCAGAGCAGAUGGCUAUGGUAGAGGGGAAGGCUGCGGGGUUGUUCUCCUGAAGCCUCUGAAAAACGCCAUAAAAGACUGCAACAAAAUAUGGGGUAUCAUUAGCAAAACAGCGGUCAACCAAGAUGGACACUCGGUGACUCCAAUCACCAAACCCUCCGUGACACAACAACAGGAGCUGUUACAAAGAGUCUACUCAGAGUCUGACAUUGCGAAUGUCCAGUACAUAGAGGCACAUGGGACGGGAACUCCAGUUGGAGACCAAACAGAGGCAGCAAGCAUCUCAAAUGUCAUUGCUAAAGCAAAACCUCCCGGUUCAGAGACGCUGUGGAUUGGCUCUGUGAAGGGCAACAUUGGACAUACAGAAUCUGCAGCUGGAGUGGCCGGAAUCAUUAAGGUACUCUUAAUGAUGAAGCAUGCAACCAUUGUUCCCUCAGUUUUCUACUCAGACGACAGUGCCAGUGUAGAUGUAAAAACUCUGCCUAUAAGCAUUCCGAUUCAAGCUGAAAGAUGGGAGACACAUUGGUCAUUAGGAAGGGUGGCUGGGAUCAACAGCUUUGGGUUUGGAGGGACAAAUGCACAUGUGAUUGUAAGAGAGUACAGACAGACCACCGUGCCCACUCAGAACCCAAAACGCUGUCCAAAUGUCUUUAUAGUAUCUGCAGCCUGUGAGAAAUCACUUUUCCUGUCUAUUACCGACACCCACCACAGGCUUUUCAGUGAUCAAACAGUUGACUUGCAGGCAUUGUCAUACACUUCAGCAUGUGGAAGAAGUCAUUUCAGACACAAGUAUAGGAAGGCCUUUCCAACAUCUUCCCUCUCAGAUUUAGAACAUCAGCUGACAUCUGCACUAAAAACAAAGGUUGGGUCAAUAAGCUCUGACAUCCAGGUGGUGUUUGUGUUUUGCGGGAAUGGAGUUGCCUACAGGGGUAUGUGCAAGCAGCUCCUGAGAGAGGUUCCUGUUUUCAAAGAUAAGGUCAAAGAAGUUGAGAAUCUCUUUCAAAGUCAUAAAAGCAUCAGCAUUAGUCAAUGGCUUGCUGGUGAAUACGAUAAUGAGGAUUUCAGCACGGCAAAUGUUGUCCAGCCUCUUCUUUUUGCGAUUCAGGUUGGCAUUGCCACUCUCCUAAAGCAAUGGGGUGUCAAACCUGAUGCCGUGCUUGGACACUCUGUUGGUGAGGUUGCUGCCGCUCACUGUUCUGGUCUCCUGUCUCUUGAGGAUGCUGUAAAAGUAUUGCAUUAUCGCAGUAAUCUUCAGAGUAAGGUCACAGGGGGGAAAAUGCUUGUUGUUGGUAAUGUGGCAGUAGAAAAGGUAUUACAAAUUCUUCCAGAGUUUUCUGGGAAGAUUUGUGUUGCUGCGUUCAACAGCCCCCAGUCUUGCACUCUGUCAGGGGAGGCAGAUGCCAUAGACAUCCUUCAUCAAAGACUGAAGAUUGUGUUUACAGAAAAAAAUCUCUUUCUCCAUGAGUUAGAUGUGCCAGUAGCAUACCAUAGCCAUAAAAUGGAUCCUAUACUGGAUGACAUUGAGAAAAGUAUCAAUCCCUUAGAUGCCAACAAUAUGGAGUGCAAGCUUUUUUCUACAGUGACAGGACACAGUUAUUCAGACGAUGACUUUAGAACAGGCAGUUACUGGGCAAGGAACAUCAGAGAGCCUGUUUUGUUUGAACAAACGCUGCGUGCUGCCACCAAAGACAAGCAAUCAAGGACAAAUGUGGUUUUUGUGGAGAUCGGACCUCGUAGGACUCUCCAAAGGAACAUACAUGAGACUUUGGGAAAUAAAGCCAUAGUUCUUCCCUCUGUUCAGCCAGAGAAAGAUUAUGACACAGUCUUGUCUACCGCGGCAAAACUAUUUGAACUGGGCAUCAGAGUGGACUGGCAUCAACUCUACAGGGGUUCUGAGACAAUGCCCAUAGGUCUUCCAGUCUAUCAGUUUGUCAAAACAAAGACCGAAUUGAACUUUGAAGCUGUGAGAAAAGGUGGUGAAUCAUCUGGGUUUCCACCACAUACGCUCAUAUCCCAAAUAAAGCAGGAAAACAAAGAGUACAUGUGCAACCUCUCAUUAGAGACUGCACCAUAUCUUUGGGAGCAUAAAAACAAUGGUGUUCCCAUUGUGCCAGGUGCGUUCUAUGUUGAACUAGCUUUUGCCUCAGUGAUGACAAGUUUAAGGCCAAAGAAACCUGUUUCUCUGCUUCAGCUCAGUAUACGGUUUGAGAAUCUGCUUACACUAAGCUCAAACUGCCAAUUGAAAGUCACACUGGAACAUGCAGAGAAUGAGGCGUCAUUUAAAAUACAGUCUUCUGUUGCAACACAUACCUCUGGCACAUACAGGUGUACAGACGGCCAACCACCGUUAGAAGAACCAACCAUUUGUCUUGACAUGAUCUCCCAGAGGUGCAACUUGGUUCUAAAGAGAAAAGAGAUUUAUUCAAUUCUGUCUCAAGCAGGAUUUGAAUAUGGCGCUGUCUUCAAACAGCUUGAUGAUGUGCAUUUGGGAGAUGAAUUCAAUGAAGCUGUGACAGCAAUUCAAGUCCCUAAUGAACUCCUAAAACACCUUCAUGAGUAUUACAUUCACCCUGUGUUAUUGGACUAUUUCUUGCAAAUGACAGCUGUGGUAGCUAUUGGACGGCUAACAGCCAAGCAGGGAUUCCCUUCAGCUAUCGGUAGUGUAGCCAUUUCAGGACCACUACAAGAGAAAAUGGUUAUGUACUUACGGGCCACUCAGGAAACUCCAGACUUCCUUGAUGUAUGUGGAUGCUUUUCCACCACAAAGGGUCAUGUACUGGUGGAACUUAAGGGGGUGAGGAUCUCAUUUUUGGGCAAUUGCUCAAGUGUUCUUCAGUCACGGUUCUUCCACAAUGAAAUAACUGCAAUUCUUGAUAGGAAAGACUUGCAAAAUCACAAAAUAAAAGCCAUAGUUUUUGAAGACAAACUUGGCAUUGCUAAAGGACUCAGGGCAUACAUACAUCCAGAGUCAACAAUUGUGGAGAGCAGAGAGCAUUGGAUAUCAGAUCAAAUUAAAAAUUUGGUGUUUGACUCACUUACCACCAACUUGGAUUUGGAAAAUGUUCUCUUCAUUUGGGGUGUAGAGGACCUCAGCCACUUGUCAUCUGAGAAGAUGCUGGACUGCUUGGUGACUUGCUGUGAUUUGUUUCGCCAGAUUGUUUUAGCCUUGAAUGAGAGCAAACGCUCUUGCACUGUCCGCGUCAUAACCUAUAGAUCGGCAGAGACAAUUGUGGACCAUGUCAGUCCUGGUUUUGUGCUGUCUGGUAUGAUGAGGGCUUGUGCAGCAGAGAUGGCAGGUCUCUCGUUUCAACUGAUUGACCUUGCUUCUGUGACCGGUGAAGACAUUCAAACGCUGGUUCGUGUGAUGAACACCUGCAAAAAACAAGAGGUCAUGAUCAGCAAAGGCCAAGCAUCAACUACAAGAAUAGCACGGACCCCGUUGGGGGACGCCACUUUAUGUCAAAGUGAUAUGCACUCGGUAUAUUUGAGCAACUUUGUUCUACAGACAACAGAUCCAUACAGAAUGGCUCACUUGUCUGCCAUCCCCUACGACACAAAUGCAAAUUAUGUCCAAGAGAAGUCAGUUGAGGUGCAGCUUACCAAUGUCUGCGCUCAUUCAUCUGAUUACUUUCCCAUCACCACUUCACAUUUGAACUUUGGCAAGACAAUGUAUUGGAACAAGCAUACGUCACAGACUCACAAGCUCCUUGCUUUAGAUUUUAGUGGCAUUGUCACAGCUGUUGGGAAAGAUGUUUGUCAUCUAAGAGUGGGAGAUCAUGUUGCUUCGUGUUACCCAGUUGCUGCCGCUGCGAAGAUUAUAAUUCCCGAAGCCGUGUGCUACAGCACAAAGAGGCUCCAGUUUCUGAAAGAAACUCCAUGUGUGUCUUACUUCAUACUGGCAUGGGAGAUCCUGCAGAGAAUGCUGUCUAAGGUAAAACAACAGCCCAGAAAGCUGCUCAUCAUCUCCACCAACUCAGCCUCUGCUCUGAUGAAAGUUUUGGCUCUGACAGCAAACAGGUCAGGCUGGAAUGUUUCUUCUUUGCCACAUUUCAGAGAGAAAUCUCUGCAUUUUGAUCAUAGUCAUGCAUUUGUUUUUCUGCCCCCGUUUGAUCAUUCCUGGCAGGGGAUGCAUGACAGCAGUACUUGUGAUGGACACAUUAUUUUUGUAUGUAGCAAUCACAUGUCAUCCUCACUCUCAACAAACAUUUGUGCAUUGAAGAGUAAACACAUGCAUGUACAUCAGCUUGAUGUGGCGAAUGUUCUCCAGAGAGCCAAUCUGCAAGUACAAAGUAAGAAUAUCUUGGAUUGGCUAGUGUCAUUAGGCUUUGAAACAGAGUCUCUGCCUUUGAAAAGGGAGAUUUUUCAAUUAUCAAGCCUUGAAGAACCGCAGACUGAUGCAGAUGCUGAGUCAUACUUUACAACAAAGACAGUGCAGCAAGUUGUUCUAGAUCCCAGAGAAUGUGACUGUCCAGCGUCCAAUAUCCCUUUGUUCACAAGACCUGGGAAACUCUUUAAACAAAGCUGUGUUUAUAUUGUAACCGGAGGGCUCUCUGGUUUGGGACUAGAGACGGUGAAGUUCAUUGCCCACAAUGGUGGAGGUUGUAUUGCAACACUGUCCAGAAGUACCAUGACUGAUGAAAUACAGUUUGAAAUGGAACUACUCCAAAGAAGAUAUGAGGUGACAAUCAUGAAUGUCCAGUGUGAUGUUUCUGUGUCGAUGCAGGUUGUGGACGCAAUCUCAAAGAUCAAACAACGAUUCUCCUCUUGUUCAAUCAAAGGAGUGUUUCACAGUGCUGCAGUAUUACAUGAUGCAUUGAUCAAAAACCUCGAUGAGUCCCUCUUCCGAAAGGUGCUGCAGCCCAAAGUGAGUGGGGCUCUAAACCUACACUAUGCAACACUUCACAACAAACUGGAUUUCUUUGUGUGCUAUUCCUCCAUCUCGUCAUUCAUUGGCAAUGCCUCACAGUGUAACUACGCAGCAGCCAAUUCUUUCCUCGACACAUUCUGUCAUUAUCGGAGAAAUCUUGGACUUGCUGGACAGUCCAUCAACUGGGGUCCUUUAAACCUUGGCCUCUUGUUUAACAAAGACCAUUUCCAAAAGUUCCUGGAGGCAAAGGGGAUGAUGGUAAUGGAUGUGUGUGAUGUGCAAGAGACACUUGAAAAGUGUCUUUUGAUAAGCAGACCACAACAAGUCAUAUGCAAGUUCAACUUCAAAAAUCUGCACCUUCAUGUACUUUCACAAAAUGCCUCUCUCAGAGAGCGGCUGUCCGUUUUAGUGGAAAUGGAGCUAAAAGAUGAACUAAGCAAUGAACCCAGGGUUCAGCAUUUGUCUUCCACACAUGGAAGUGUGAGAUCAAUUGUCAGUGACAUCAGCAAUGUUAGUGUAGAUGAGCUGGAUGAUGACUCAGCUCUGUGUGCGCUGGGUAUUGACUCAAUGUUGGCCAUGACUCUGCAGAAUAAGAUUUUCCAAGAGACAGGUGUGAAUGUGCCUUUGGUUAGAAUAUUAGACCCGAACAUGACACUGGCUACUUUGUCAACUUUUGUAAAGAAUAAUGAAUAA